GGACAUUGUCACUUCCACAGGAGAGGGAGAGAGAUGGAGAAAGAUGCGGUCUGAAAAGGACCAAAUGCCCGGAGGCAGGGAGAAAAGUGUCGUCGAGAUACAACUUAGAGACAUUCCGAGGGAACAGGACGCCGUCUCUGUCAACUCAAAGCAGAAAGAAGAGAAGAAGGAGGUAUUUACUAAGGUAGGCAGAGCGCUGUGAUGGCGUGUUUGGUAUUGCAGUCGGCCGCAGAUAUGGACGUGGCAACAUAAUCAGCACCACAGACAGCGAACGCGAGCCGUAUGCUUAGAGUCAAUGUAUUCUUGAUCCGAAAAUGUUGUCUGAGGCUCCUUAUGGAGGGUGUGACGCAUUUACGGAGCCUCCAGAAGGCACACAGAGGCUAAAUUGAGCUCUCUGUACUGCAUCGCCGUGCGCCUCCCACAUUUUGUAACGAUCUGCAUUAGGCGCAUGCAGUAUAUGUCAAGAACAACAUACAUUACAUGACCAAAAGUAUGUGGACACUUGCUCGUUGAACAGCUCAUUCCAAAGUCAAUAAUAUUGAGUUGGUCCCCCCUUUGCUGCUAUAACAGCCUCCACUCUUCUGGGAAGGCUUUUCACUUGGAACAUUGCUGCUUGGCUCGCAGUCGGCGUACCAAUUCAUCCCAAUGGUGUUUGAUGGGGUUGAGGUCAGGGCUCUGUGCAGGCCAGUCAAGUUCUUCCACACCGAUCUCGACACACCAUUUCUGUAUGGACCUGACUUUGUGCAUGAGGGCAUUGUCAUGCUGAAACAGGAAAGGGCCUUCUCCAAACUGUUGCCACAAAGUUGGAAGCACAUAAUCGUCUAGAAUGUUACUGGAACUAAGGGGCCUAGCCCAACCAUGAAAAACAGCCCCAGACCAUUAUUCCUCCUCCACCAAACUUUACAGUUGGCACUAUGCGUUCGGGCAGGUAGCGUUCUCCUGGUAUCUGCCAAACCCAAAUUCGUCCAUCGGACUGCCAGAUGGUGAAACAUGAUUCAUCACCCCAUAGAACGCAUUUCCACUGCUCUAGAGUCCAAUGGCGGCGAGCUUUACACAACUCCAGCCGACGCUUGUCAUUGCGCAUGGUGAUUUUAGGCUUGUUUUAGGCUGCUCGACCAUGGAAACCCAUUUCAUGAAGCUCCCGACGAACAGUUCUUGAGCUGACGUUGCUUCCAGAUGCAGUUUGGAACUCGGUAGUGAGUGUUGCAACCGAGGACAGACGAUUUGUACGCACUACGAGCUUCAACACUCUGUGGUCCCGUUCUGUGAGCUUGUGUGGCCUACCACUUCGCUCUUGAGCUGUUGUUGCUCCUAGACGUUUCCUUCACAAUAACAGCACUUACAGUUGACUGGGGCAGCUCUAGCAGGGCAGCAGUUUGAUGAUGGAAAGGUGGCAUCCUAUGACAGUGCCAUGUUGAAAGCCACUGAGCUCUUUAGUAAGGCCACAAUACUGCCAAUGUUUGUCUAUGAAGAUUGCACGGCCGUGUGCUGGAUUUUAUACACAUGUCAGCAACGAAUGUGGCUGAAAUAGCAGAUUCCAGUCAUUUGAAGAGGCGUCCACAUAUUUUUGUAUAUGUAGUGUAUCUGAUAUCGUAGGCCUUUGUUUGAACUCAGUAAUAUGUCUGUUUGCUGUACGAUCAUAUGCAUGUAAAGCUACUGUAGCUUAUGCUACGCUAUGUUGAUAAAGCGGCGAAGGUAUUGGCUGUGCACCUGUGCCGCAAAGAUAGCCUACAGCACAUUGCUCAGUUCAAUGAACAUAAAUACCCGCCUGUAAACAAGCGCACGCUUGUGUAUUAUCGACUAUUUAGGUCUACCUGUCAAGGCAAUGGUAGUUGUCUAUAACUAGAUAUGAAAACAUCGUCAUUAUGUAAUCAAACAACCGAGACGCACAGUUACCCAAUGAUAAAGAGUAAAUUCCAUCCAACUAUUAACGUGACCAUGAAUGUCUUUGGUGUCUUCCCAAUUCUGGUGUAAUUUCAACCCACUAUUUUGUAUUUGUGUAUGUCCUUCUCGGUUCCAGGUAGUAAUAAGGCGACUGCCACCCAACCUGUCCAAGGACCAGCUGGAAGAACAGCUCAGUCCUCUUCCAUCCUAUGACUACUUCGAGUUCUUCCCUGCUGAUCAAAGGUGAAUAUUUAGUAAGCUACUUAAUGCAAUGACUCCAUGUGUUGGGACAGGGUGCCUCCACAGAUCAGUGUUUUUCUCAAAUUCAUUCUGCAUUGUGUGAUGCCAACAUCAUGAUAUUGACAUUCCCCACAGUUAUCAAACAAUUGGCUUCACCUAACCUUGGUUAGUAAAGUCCAUACCAUCUUUGCUGUUAAGGACGAUUCAGCCUGAGUGGAUGAAUUCUAAAUGAUCUUGCCAAAACAAAGCUAAGACACUAGCACAGCAAUCUAAUCAUUAGGUUACCACCUAAAAGCAGGGUGUAUCAGAGAAUAUGUCAUCAUCAUACCUGUGGCGUCACCCCCUUUUAACCCCACAUUUUAGAUAGGCUGCACUGAUGGAAUUGCUUUCUAAAACAACCUGUUAAUUCCAUGCAGCCUCUACCCACACUUGUUCUCCAGAGCUUACAUCAACUUCAAAAACCCAGAGGACAUCCUGCUCUUCAGAGACCGCUUUGAUGGCUAUGUUUUCAUUGAUAACAAAGGUAUAAUUUUUAUGUAGAUUUAUAAUUCAAACAUGAUGGGGAGGUUUCCUGGACACAGAUUAUGCCUAGUCCUGGACUAAAAUGUAUUUUUGAUGGAGAUUCUCCAUCGAUCUAGCUUUUUAGUGCAGGACUAGGCAUAAUCUGUGUCCGGGAAACCUCUCCUAAAUAUUUCCUAUUACCAAUGUGUUAAUGCUUAGUAGUUAGUGUUUACACAAUGUUUUUGAGCACAUAGUGCUGUGAGUAGAAGUACAGUGCCUUUGGAAAGUAUUCAGACCCCUUGACCUUUUCCACAUUUUGUUACGUUACAGCCUUAUUCUAAAAUGGAUUAAAGAAAUAACAAUCCUCCGCAAUCUACACACAAUACCCCAUAAUGACAAAGUGAAAACAGGUUUCUAGAAUUUCUUGCUAAUUUAUUUCAAACAAAAAACAGAAAUACCUUAUUUACAUAAGUAUCUAGAGCUCUAGAGUUCCUCUGUGAAGAUGGGAGAACCUUCCAGAAGGACAGCCAUCUCUGCAGCACUCCACCAAUCAGGCGUUUAUGGUAGAAUGGCCAGACAGAAGCCACUCCUCAGUAAAAGGCACAUGACAGCCUGCUUGGAGUUUGCCAAAAGUCACCUAAAGACUCUCAGACCAUGAGAAACAAGAUUCUCUGGUCUGAUGAAACCAAGAUUGAAGUCUUUGGCCUGAAUGCCAAGCGUCACGUCUGGAGGAAACCUGGCACCAUCCCCUACGGUGAAGCAUGGUGGUGGCAGCAUCAUGCUGUGGGGAUGUUUUUCAGCGGCAGGGACUGGGAGACUAGUCAGGAUCGAGGCAAAGAUGAACGGAGCAAAGUACAGAGAGAUCCUUGAUGAAAACCUGCUCCAGAGCGCUCAGGACCUCAGACUGGGGCGAAGGUUCACCUUCCAACAGGACAACGAACCUAAGCACACAGCCAAGACAACGCAGGAGUGGCUUUGGGACAAGUAUCUGAAUGGCCUUGAGUGGCCCAGCCAAUGCCCGGACUUGAACCCGAUCUAACAUCUCUGGAGAGACCUGAAAAUAGCUGUGCAGCAAUGCUCCCCAGCCAACCUGACAGAGCUUCAGAGGAUCUGCAGAGAAGAAUGGGAGAAACACCCCAAAUACAGGUUUGCCAAGCUUGUAGCGUCAUACCCAAGAAGACUCAAGGCUGUAAUCACUGCCAAAGGUGCUUCAACAAAGUACUGAGUAAAGGGUCUGAAUACUUAUGUAAAUGUAAUAUUUCAUUUUUUUUUUUCAUUUUUAUGAAUUAGCAAAAAUGUCUAAAAACCUGUUUUUGCUUUGUCAUUAUGGGGUAUCGUGUGUAGAUUGAUUAUUAUAAUUUUUUUUAAAAUCAAUUUUAGCAUAUGGCUGUAACCUAACAAAAUGUGGAAAAAGUCAAGGGGUCUGAAUACUUUCCGAAGGCACUGUAAAUAGUGGGUAAACGUAUAGUGUUGCUGGAUAUAUGAUGCAUUAAAACACAUAGCCAAAAACAUUUACAUUUACAUUUUAGUCAUUUAGCAGACGCUCUUAUCCAGAGCGACUUAUAGGAGCAAUUAGGGUUAAGUGCCUUGCUCAAGGGCACAUUAACGUCAUUUAGCAGACGCUCUUAGCCAGAGCGACUCACAAAUUGGUGCGUUUACCCUAUAGCCAGUGGGAUAACCACUUUACAAUUUGGGGGGGGGGGGGGGGGGGGGUUAGAAGGAUUACUUUAUCCUAUCCCAGGUAUUCCUUAAAGAGGUGGGGUUUCAAAUGUCUCCGGAAGGUGGUGAGUGACUCCGCUGUCCUGGCGUCGUGAGGGAGCUUGUUCCACCAUUGGGGUGCCAGAGCAGCGAACAGUUUUGCCUGGGCUGAGCGGGAACUAUGCUUCCGCAGAGGUAGGGGAGCCAGCAGGCCAGAGGUGGAUGAACGCAAUGCCCUCGUUUGGGUGUAGGGACUGAUCAGAGCCUGAAGGUACAGAGGUGCCGUUCCCCUCACUGCUCCAUAGGCAAGCACCAUGGUCUUGUAGCGGAUGCGAGCUUAAACUGGAAGCCAGUGGAGUGUGCGGAGGAGGGGGGUGACGUGAGAGAACUUGGGAAGGUUGAACAAUGAAAGGCAAUGAUGUCUCAGUGUGUGUGUGUGUGUGCGUUCUAAUCUCUCACGAGACAAGAGGAUUCUCCUUUCACUUCCCCAGGUGCCAUGGUAAUGGUUUGAUCAUUGCGUCAGGUGUUGUCUAAUGAUGAUCUGUCUCCAUGUCAAUAUUUGCUCAGGCCAGGAGUACCCAGCUGUGGUAGAGUUUGCACCCUUUCAGAAAGUCUCCAAGAAGAAACUCAAAAAGAAAGAUGCCAAAGCUGGAAGCAUUGAAGAAGGUAGGUGCUGGACUCGUCUCUUCAGAAACUAUCCAGACAUACAGCGUGGAUGCCUGAUUGUUGUCAAAACACGUUGGCACUGACAAACACAGACUGGAACCCAUGCUUCCCUUUACAUAUAUAGUAUAUGGGUUUUCAGCCCCCUCAUUGUACUUUAUGCAAUUAUUCAGCAUCUGCUGAAUAACACAAAUAUAAAAUAUACAAAUCUGGGAUGUAGUGAAGGGAUGAACGCUCACAAAUGCCAGUAACAAACCUUUCUAUUUUGUGAAUAGAGAUACGCACCUAUUACAGCAAAUUAGCGUAUUUAGCAUAAGAGUUUACAUUUAGGAUAACGUUACCGCCUGUCAUCUGAAGCUUUAACCGUAUAUUUUGACCCACCUUUUUCUUUACCACUACACCCUUGGUAACAAUGUGACUGAUGGACCUCCUCCCUCUUCUUGACUCAUCCUAAUCCUUCUCCCCCUCGCAGACCCAGAGUACCGUCGGUUUCUGGAGAACUACUCCUGUGACGAGGAGAAGUCCAUGGCCAACCCUGAAACCCUGCUGGGAGAGAUCGAGGCCAAGACAAGGGAACUCAUAGGUACUAGGAUCAAUCAGUCAACCAAUAAGUCAGGCAUUCAAUCAAUCUGACUUUGCAUUAUAUGUGAUUUAAUUUCAGCCAAAAGAACAACACCUCUUCUGGAGUACAUCAAGAAUAAGAAACUUGAGAAGCAGGUAAGAGCAAUGUAACAGUGAAAAAUAAUGAAUUUAUAGUUGUCCUUUGUGGACUCUUAUCCAGAUAUACAGUGGUUCCUCGAUUAAAAGUUGCGUCAUACCACGGUAGAGUGUGGCAUGCCAUGGUAUUGUAAGGUGCAUUAAAGCCAAUUUAUGCUUGAUCCGAAGGCAUACAGAGGCCAAAUCGAGCUCAGUACCACAUCGCCAUGCACCUCUCAAAUGUUGUAACAUUGCAGAGGGCUCAGUAUAGCUCCGCAUUGACAUGAUCGGUAGCUGAGGGCGGGAGGUCCGGUAUAAACACAAACUCACUUCCUUGACAACUAAUAAUGUUCUGGACUAUGUAUUAUGUCAUGUUUCAUGUGGACCUCAGGAAGAGUAGCUGAUGCUUUUGGGGAUCCUAAUAAAUACCAAACACCAAAGCUUCCUUCACAACAGGUCUGCGCUGCUCUGCUAUGUGCAAAAAAGUAUGUUUGCUCUGACUUCUGCGGAGGCCACAUCGCAGUAAAUGGCCUAUAUAGUGGACAUACAGCAUUUUAUGGUGCUUGCCGUUAAUGCUCCUUUCGAGAUCACCAUGCCAUGCAAUUUGUGAAUACACUUCAUGAUUAAAAUGGAAUUAUAUAUUUCAUUGUAAACCUAUAGGAAGAAAAAAGGAAGAAGAUCAAGCCGAGUCCCAAUAUGGGCAGAAUAUUGUAUGACAUAUUCAGACGGUUAAAGGCCGAAAUCUGUGCGUUUCAAUUCAAAUGUGACUCGUUCUAUUCUCAUUCCAUUGAUAUUAUAUCUUGGCCUUUAUUUACGAUUAUUUUAGUUGUAGCCCGUUCUCCAAUUCACAGCACUGUAUGGGUUUUGGCUGACAGCCAUUAUAAACUUCAGCACUGCGCGACAAGAAGAUGCCCCUAUCUCUCCCGCUAAUUGGUAUACUUUUGCACAUUUGUUGUCUAAAUGAGGGAAAUUCUGUAAAUCAAGAUGCCACCAGAUGCUUAUUUCUAUUGUUGUCCCAGAGUCCCUCUGCUCUCGCACUGUAGAGUCUUGCCAGAAUACAGAUUCGUAGUGAAUUACCAUGAAUAUAUAUAAAGAAGAACAGACUCAACAGCCCAAAAAUCAGUUGGCGGGUAGUCCUGGAGUUGAGAGAGAACUAGGGUGAUGGCGCAAUUACACUCGACAAGUAGACUGAUGAUUUUCGGAAAAAAAGGAUACUUGUUCCUUACAGCCCAUUACAUAAACAAAGAGUGGGUGCUUGUGGAGAGGGUGCUAUUCACCACGGAGUGGGACAGUUCCCAGCGCAAAACAUAACCGAAGGACAGCUAUUGUGAAAGAGUGCUUGGGGAUGUUGUUGAUUUCCUCUAUCGCUUCAAAGAGGCCACACUCGCCUUGGAGGCAGGCAAACAGCCUACUCUUCACCUGGUAAUUGUGUGGUUCCAAAGGAUAAGUCGCUUUGGAUAAAAGCGUCUGCUAAAUGGCAUAUUAAAUUAAAUUAAAUAAAGUGUCACCUACAGCUGGAUAGGCCUACAGUAUAUCUAACCGUUUUUUUUGUAUCAACUGAAAACAUUCAUCCAUAAUUCUACCAAGCCUACAAGAGUUUUGGCUCGAGAAGACGUUUUACCUCGAGAAACUGACAAUGCAACAAAUACAUUGAUAAUCUCAGCAAGGUUUUACCCAUGGUCGUGGAGGGGAAGUGCAACUAAAAUGUUGUUAAAAUGUAGUUGAAAUAAACAUCUGCAUUUUAAAACAUACUUUUUUAUCAUUAUUUUAUUAACGAAAACACAAAGAUGUUGAUGAACAAAUACUGUAGAUCAAGGGUGUCAAACUCACUCCAUGGAGAGCCUAGUGUGUUUUUGGUUUUUCCUUUCAAUUAAGACCAAGACAACCAGGUGAGGGGAUUUUUUAAACUAAUUAGUGACCUUAAUUCAUCAAUCAAGUACAAGGGAGGAGUGAAAACCCGCAGACACUCGGCUCUCCGUGGAAUGAGUUUGACACAUGCUGUAGAUUUAUUUAUAAAACCCAAAUAACAAAGGGAGCCUUGAAUAAGUAAACAAUAAAUAAACCGCAACAUGUCGACUAAAGGAAUUGCAUUCACGAAUGCAUGCGACUGUUUUUAAUCUUAGAACAGAUAAAACAUUGUUUGUAAGUUAUUAUUGUAUUUGUUGUAUUGUUUACACUGUUCCAAAUGGUCAAAAAAAAGAUUGUUCACAUGUUUGAUACACGCACUGUGAUAAGCACACCACGCUCGCUCCUCCUACCCUCUCUUCUUGAUCUCAAGUCCCUAAAAAUAUAAAUCAACUCGGCGUCAAGAGUCUAUUGUCCUGCUGAUAGACCAUCAAGGGUGGAUGGCUUCUUUUGUAUUCCAAUUUAUUGAAUGAAUAGGUACGGCUGCCAAACGGUUUACACCUGACCCACAGCUUUGUAGCGUACUUACAGUGCGCUUUCACAACAUUCUCCGCCUGACUCUUUACCAAUGCCACCAGAUGCUUCUUUUAUAUUGUUGUUAUCUAUUCGGUAACAUUCCACUAGUAAAUUGUAUAAAUAAAACAAAAUGUGAAACCUUUUUCCCCCCUCCGUAUCCACAAUGUGCAUAAAUGAGGCCCAUACAGCCUGUCGGUUUGUCCUCGCUGGACUCUCUGUCAUUCGGUUUCUUCUUCAUAUCAACAAAGAACAACUCUGCGCUGUGUGCUUCAUAUGAUGCUUUCGUUUAGGAUGGUCAUAAAAAACAGGAUGCUAUGACAAUGUAUUUCAAUAUAACCGAAUAGCAGGUUUUGAGUUUUAUUGAUCCGGGCUUAGUAGCCGAGGCUAUAUGGCUGCGCCAUCAACUUAUUCAUUUAGGAGACAUCACUCGCGUAUAUUCAGUCAGCACAUAUAUUCUAAGAACAUAAUGGAAUAUAACAGAACAUUUUUAGUUUGUCUUACAGUAAAAGCAUUACAGUGUAACAACAGUUAUAGUAAGUAAUAGGCUACGGUCCAGUUUCAGCUUCUUCUGACGAAGUAGAAGAAAAAAAAAUAGGUGUAUUUUUCUGGGUGUGUAUGCGGGACAGAGGAAGAGCAAUUCUUACACUAUUGUUCUAAAUGCAAUCACCCUCUUCUUCUUCAUCCUCAUCAUUCAGUUUAUUAAAAUUAAAUUGUGAAUUCAAGAGGCAAUUAUCAGUUUCUAUGUGGUUUCUAUUACCCAUUCAUCAAUUCACGUCGUUCAUUCAGUGAGAAGAGAGACAAGUUAGCGCCUGGGUACCAAUGCUUUACACCGAACCCAAAAGCAUAAUCAGUGUUCUAGCUCCCCCUUGUGGUGGGGGAGAUAGUGUACCGCACUAUACCACAAUCUACCUCAAUGCUCUGCAGCCUAAACUUGAAACUUUGAAUUUAGGAACCACUGUAGAUCAACUCUCACAAUGAGAUGCAAUUUUUCUGCAGAGGAUAAGAGAGGAAAAGAGAGAGGAGCGUCGACGCAGGGAGAUGGAGAAGAAACGCCAGAGGGAGGAGGACAAAAGGAAGCGGAGGGAGGAGGAGAGACGCAAGCGCAAGGAGGCAGAUAAAGUGAAGAAACUGUCGGAGAAGGAGAUCAAGAUCAAGGUGGUCACUGGUUCUUUUGAAACAAAGUUCAAAUCCAAAAACAUUUUGAGUGGUAUAUGCACAUUCACUAAAUUCAAGCUUUUAGGAAGCCCUUUGUGUGCUGGAUUUAGUUAGUCUUAAGUAUUAGUUAGAUAGUAAUCUCGGGACCCAGAGUUAAAGCGGCAAUCAGCAGUAAAAACAAUAACAAAUCACCCUCCCAGCCCCUGUUUCGGUAAAAAACAAUCACUCUCAAAUUCAAAGAUAAUUUUGCAAGGACUGACCAAAAUUUGAGUUUUAACCAUGUUUUGAGGCUAUAGUGUUUGUGUACAUUUACUUUGUUUACAAACAUUGGAGUAAAACAAAAAUAUAUUUUGGGUUCUGAUUGGGUACGAGCGUUGAAUUAAGCUCAUGAGACAUUUUUAAGUUAUUCUUCAAGAAUCAAAUAUAAUUAAUUUAUAAGCCCUUUAAGGCUUUGACGAGAGAAUAGAUAGUUAGUGACUGUGUUUUGCUAAUAACUGUUAGUAGUUGUUGGGCAGUAAGUGUGUUUUGGGCUUGCCUCAGCUCCUAAAGAAGAGUGACCGGGACGAUGACGUGGACUCUGACAAGCUCAAGGACAAAGGGGACAGUGGGGAUACAGAGAGGGCCAAGUGGGACAAACCCAGUGGACACAUGAAGUUCAAGGAAGCCAAGGACAAGUAAGGACCUUUUAGUGCACUAUUCAUGUAGAUAACUCUCUGAUGUGUUUUUUUAAUUUAUUUCCAGUCUCUCCGAUGCUUUGUUUUUCUCAGUUAUGACAAAGCCAAAUCGGAGUUAGCUUGUGGUGGGAUGUUUUCUAUGCCUUAAGGUAUUUUCUAACCAACUGCAUUGCGAUCUUAUCAUCCGAAUUCACAAAAAAUACAGAUUCUGAUUUUGACGCACUAAACCAUUCACACAAAGUCUGAUGCAUUUUUCCUUCCACUUUUCCAAACAAUUCGUAUAAUUUCACCAACGCUGCACGGUCAUUCUCAUUGGGAAUAGUAAUUUAGCAGACGCUCUUAUCCAGAGCGACUUACAAAUUGGUGCAUUCACCUUAUAGCCAGUGGGAUAACCACUUUACAAUGUGUUUUUUUUUGUUUUCUUAUUUUUUUUAUUCAUUUUUUAAAUUAUUAUUUUUAUGUUAUUUUUUGGGGGGGUAAGGGAGGGGUAGAAUGAUUACUUUAUCCUAUCCCAGGUAUUCCUUAAAGAGGUGGGGUUUCAAAUGUCUCCGGAAGGUGGUGAGUGACUCCGCUGUCCUGGCGUCGUGAGGGAGCUUGUUCCACCAUUGGGGUGCCAGAGCAGCGAACAGUUUUGACUGGGCUGAGCGGGAACUAUGCUUCCGCAGAGGAAGGGGAGCCAGCAGGCCAGAGGUGGAUGAACGCAAUGAUCAGAGCCUGAAGGUACGGAGGUGCCGUUCCCCUCACAGCUCCAUAGGCAAGCACCAUGGUCUUGUAACAGAUGCGAGCUUCAACUGGAAGCCAGUGGAGUGUGCGGAGGAGGGGGGUGACGUGAGAAAACUUGGGAAGGUUGAACACCAGACGGGCUGCGGCAUUCUGGAUGAGUUGCAGGGGUUUAAUGGCACAGGCAGGGAGCCCAUCCAACAGCGAGUUGCAGUAAUCCAGACGGGAGAUGACAAGUGCCUGGAUUAGGACCUGUGCCGCUUCCUGUGUAAGGCAGGGUCGUACUCUUCGAAUGUUGUAGAGCGUGAACCUACAGGAUCGGGUCACCGCCUUGAUGUUAGCGGAGAACGACAGGGUGUUGUCCAGGGUCACGCCAAGGCUCUUCGCACUCUGGGAGGAGGACACAACGGAGUUGUCAACCGUGAUGGCGAGAUCAUGGAACAGGCAGUCCUUCCCCGGGAGGAAGAGCAGCUCCGUCUUGCCAAGGUUCAGCUUGAGGUGGUGAUCCGUCAUCCAUACUGAUAUGUCUGCCAGACAUGCAGAGAUGCGAUUCGCCACCUGGUUAUCAGAAGGGGGAAAGGAGAAGAUUAGUUGUGUGUCGUCAGCGUAGCAAUGAUAGGAGAGGCCAUGUGAGGAUAUGACAGAGCCAAGUGACUUGGUGUAUAGCGAGAAUAGGAGAGGGCCUAGAACUGAGCCCUGGGGGACACCAGUGGUGAGAGCACGUGGUGCGGAGACAGCUUCUCGCCACGCCACUUGGUAGGAGCGACCGGUCAGGUAGGACGCAAUCCAAGAGUGAGCCGUGCCGGAGAUGCCCAGCUCGGAGAGGGUGGAGAGGAGGACCCUGAUGGUUCACAGUAUCAAAGGCAGCAGACAGGUCUAGAAGGACAAGAGCAGAGGAGAGAGAGUUAGCUUUAGCAGUGCGGAGAGCCUCCGUGACACAGAGAAGAGCAGUCUCAGUUGAAUGACCAGUCUUGAAACCUGACUGGUUUGGAUCAAGAAGGUCAUUCUGAGAGAGAUAGCAAGAGAGUUGGCUAAAGACGGCACGCUCAAUAGUUUUGGAGAGAAAAUAAAGAAGGGAUACUGGUCUGUAGUUGUUGACAUCAGAGGGAUCGAGUGUUGUUUUUUUGAGAAGGGGUGCAACUCUCGCUCUCUUGAAGACGGAAGGGACAUAGCCAGCGGUCAAGGAUGAGUUGAUCAGCGAGGUGAGGAAGGGGAGAAGGUCACCGUAGAUGGUCUGUAGAAGAGAGGAGGGGAUAGGGUCAAGCGGGCAGGUUGUUGGGCGGCCUGCAGUCACAAGUCGCAAGAUUUUAUAUGGAGAGAGAGGGGAGAAAGAAGUCAAAGCAUAGGGUAGGGCAGUGUGAGCAGGACCAGCAGUGUCAUUUGACUUAACAAACGAGGAUCGGAUGUCGUCAACCUUCUUUUCAAAGUGGUUGACGAAGUCAUCCACAGAGAGGGAGGAGGGGGGGGGGGGGGGGGGGGGGGAUUCAGCAGGGAGGAGAAUGUGGCAAAGAGCUUCCUAGGGUUAGAGGCAGAUGCUUGGAAUUUAGCGUGGUAGAAAGUGGCCUUAGCAGCAGAAACAGAUGAAGAAAAUGUAGAGAGGAGGGAGUGAAAAGAUGCCAUGGUCCGCAUGGAGUCUAGUUUUCUUCCAUUUCCGCUCAGCUGCCCGGAGCUCUGUUCUGUGAGCUCGCAAUGAGUCAUUAAGCCACGGAGCUGGAGGGGAGGACCGAGCUGGCCGGGAGGAUAGGGGACAUAGAGAGUCAAAGGAUGCAGAAAGGGAGGAGAGGAGGGUUGAGGAGGCAGAAUCAGGAGAUUGGAGGGAGAAGGAUUGAGCAGAGGGAAGAGAUGAUAGGAUGGAAGAGGAGAGAGUAGCGGGAGAGAGAGAGCGAAGGUUGCGACGGCGCAUUACCAUCUGUGUAGGGGCAGAGUGAGUAGUGUUGGAGGAGAGCGAAAGAGAAAAGGAUACAAAGUAGUGGUCGGAGACAUGGAGGGGAGUUGCAGUGAGAUUAGUAGAAGAACAGCAUCUAGUAAAGAUGAGGUCAAGCGUAUUGCCUGCCUUGUGAGUAGGGGGGGACGGUGAGAGGGUGAGGUCAAAAGAGGAGAGGAGUGGAAAGAAGGAGGCAGAGAGAAAUGAGUCAAAUGUAGACGUAGGGAGGUUGAAAUCCCCCAGAACUGUGAGGGGUGAGCCAUCCUCAGGAAAGGAACUUAUCAAGGCGUCAAGCUCAUUGAUUAACUCUCCAAGGGAACCUGGAGGGCGAUAGAUGACAAGGAUAUUAAGCUUAAAUGGGCUAGUGACUGUGACAGCAUGGAAUUCAAAUGAGGAGAUAGACAGAUGGGUUAGGGGAAAAAUUGAGAAUGUCCACUUGGGAGAGAUGAGGACUCCCGUGCCACCAACCCGCUGACCAGAUGCUCUCGGGGUAUGUGAGAACACAUGGUCAGACGAGGAGAGAGCAGUAGGAGUAGCAGUGUUUUCAGUGGUAAUCCAUGUUUCCGUCAGCGCCAAGAAGUCGAGGGACUGGAGGGUAGCAUAGGCUGGGAUGAAGUCUGCCUUGUUGGCAGCAGAACGGCAGUUCCAGAGGCUGCCUGAGACCUGGAACUCCAGGUGGGUGGUGCGUGCAGGGACUACCAGGUUAGAGAGGCAGCAGCCACGCGGUGUGAGGCGUUUGUUUAGCCUGUGCGGAGAGGAGAGAACAGGGAUAGGCAGAGGCAUAGUUGACAGGCUGCAGCAAAUGGCUACAAUAAUGCAGAGGAGAUCGGAAUGAAAUGAACUAAACAUCUGGGAAAGGAGAGAGCGGGGCCUCCCUCAGCACAACUCCCAAAUAUAACUAUCCCAGCUUCCACCUCAGAAACUAUAAUUGUUGUAAACUACAGCGGUUCAAUGUCUCCAGGAACAGACUAACUCAGUUUAUUCAGCUAGCUAACUAGGUGCAGCACUAUUCCGUGAAAACCGUCCGGGCAUCAAGUCAUAUGACGCCACAGCCAGCUAGCAUGCCGGACUCCAGCAACACGGCCCAGCGCCAAUACUCUGCCACAACAAACCACCAGUGUAUCAACACGCAAGCAGAUCGUUCGUGUCCGUGUCUAACGUUGUGGGUUAGUCCCGACAGCUUGAGCGAGUCCGUCAUCACCUUAUUCAGCCAGUUAGUUAGCUAGAAUAGUUAGCAAACUAGCUAGCCAUUGCUCUCAGACAAAGAAGAACCCCUCCUUUCACGGCACGAACACACAGAGAGAGCCAAACUAACGUUAACUAGUCACCCAUGUCCCAAAUUUCCUUGAACGACUUGGGCUAUCAAUAUGUAAAAAACAAAACACAAAUGUAGGUUAUGACUUACCCCUAGCAGCUACUGUUAGCUAGCCAAGUGCAAAGCUAGCCACUGAAUUGACUCAGCCAGUUCGCGUCUGUUCACACGGUCGUUCCAGCUAUUGUUUACUAGUAGCUAUCCAGGUAGCAACAAGCUAGCUAAUAUUUCAAGCACUGUAGCCACUUGCUACCUAACGUUAACGCUUCAGACAAUGAGGUUAGGAAACAGCUGAAUGGUAGGCAAUUAUUGUAUGUAAUGAUUGUAGGCAGCCAGCUGGCGUUAUUACAGGCACUCUCAGGCGUGAAAUAACUAUACCGUUGCUAAUAGCUACUCGCCAGCUAGUCCCGGUGGUGGGUUAGCUAGCUAGCUUCAUGCUACGCUGGGCUACGCUGGGCUAUGCUGGGCACAGCCGAAUACAAUACUAACCUACAAUAAUUACAUACAACAACCCACAAUAACUACCUACAAUACCUAACUACAAUCUAAAUACAUAGCUUAAGCCUUACUCGACAAAGCCCAAGCUAUGUGUAAAGCCAAGCUUACCCGACGCCAAGCUUACCCGACCAGGCCGACGACACAACAGUGGUAUGCUGUUCAUAGUGGCUAGAGAGGAUGCAGUAAUGAGAAAAAUAAUACACUACUGGAAAAACAAUAUGCUACUGAAACUAUUAGGAUAGGGUAUUCAUCUAUAGGAUGAAUCAUGAGUCAAUAGUAUAUUAUUGGCUACGUUUCAUUCAGUGGCACAUUUAAUAAGACAGGAAACACAAAACUGGCACCUGUCAUCAUUCCUCACACAUACAGAAUGCUGACCAUCAUGACGCUUGCUGCCUACAGUUUUCUUUCUAUCUGAUUAAAGUGAUGAAGUCCAGACAGGGUAGGCCUAUUUUAGGAAACUUUCUGAAUGGACAAAGAGAAUUAGCGAACUCAUAGGCUACACGCAUACCCACCCACCUAGAAUGACCCAUCAAUCAAAGCCUCCUGCAGCGCAUCUCGCUCAGACAAGCAAAUCACAUUUCUCCAUUAACUUCAAAUAAUUUCUGUUGGAUAUCAAAAACUAGUCUACAUUACAGAAUAAUUCUCAAUCAAUGAAGCCUAUCAUUCAAAUUGAUGAGGAACGUUUUAACGGGGAGAUAUAGAGACAGAUGUGAUAUAGGCUAUAUUAACAGGAAAUUGACAACUGUUAGAAAAUAGAAACACAUGCAUGCAACCUGUCCAUAGUCUAAUGAUCAGCCGUUUUAGUGAAGCAAUGGGUGGUUAUGUUGACACUUCAUUUUAAUUUGAGGGCUUUAUCUAAAUCUGUGCAACCAUUUAUUGAUUUUCUCUUUUAGGGUUGCUUAUAGCAAAGGUGAUUGCCUAGAUUCACUUUAGCAGGCCUAUGCUACAGUUGAAUUCGGAAGUUUACAAAUACAUUUAAACUCAGUUUUUCACAAUUCCUGACAUUUCAUCCUAGUAAAAAAUUCCCUGUCUUAGGUCAGUUAGGAUCACCACUUUAUUUUAAGAAUGUGAAAUGUCUGAAAAUUUGUAGAGAGAAUGAUUUAUUUCAGCUUUUAUUUCUUUCAUCACAUUCCCAGUGGGUCAGAAGUUUACAUACACUCAAUUAGUAUUUGGUAGCAUUGUCUUUAAAUUGUUUAACUUGGGUCAAAUAUUUUGGGUAGCCUUCCACAAGCUUCCCACAAUAAGUUGGGUGAAUUUUGGCCCAUUCCUCCUGACAGAGCUGGUGUAACUGAGUCAGGUUUGUAGGCCUCCUUCCUCGCACAUGCUUUUUCAGUUCUGCCCACAAAUGUUCUAUAGGAUUGAGGUCAGGGCUUUGUGAUGGCCACUCCAAUACCUUGACUUUGUUGUCCUUAAGCCAUUUUGCCACAACUUUGGAAGUAUGCUUGGGGUCAUUGUCCAUUUGGAAGACCCAUUUGCAACCAAGCUUUAACUUCCUGACUGAUCUCUUCAGAUGUUGCUUCAAUAUAUCCACAUAAUUUUCCUUCCUCAUGAUGCCAUCUAUUUUGUGAAGUGUACCAGUCCCUCCUGCAGCAAAGCACCCCCACAGCAAGAUGCUGCCACCCCUGUGCUUCACGGUUGGGAUGGUGUUCUUCGGCUUGCAAGAUAUCCCCUUUUUCCUCCAAACAUAACGAUGGUCAUUAUGGACAAACAGUUAUAUUUUUGUUUCAUCAGACCAGAGGACAUUUCUCCAAAAAGUACAAUCUUUGUCCCCAUGUGCAGUUGUAAACUGUAGUCUGGCUUUUUUAUGGCGGUUUAGGAGUAGUGGCUUCUUCCCUGCUGAGCGGCCUUUCAGGUUAUGUCGAUAUAGGACUCGUUUUACUGUGGAUAUAGAUACUUUUUUACCUAUUUCCUCCAGCAUCUUCACAAGGUCCUUUGCUGUUGUUCUGGGAUUGAUUUGCACUUUUCGCACCAAAGUACGUUCAUCUCUAGGAGACAGAACGUGUGUCCUUCCUGAGUGGUAUGACGGCUGCGUGGUCUCAUGGUGUUUAUACUUGCAUACUAUUGUUUGUACAGAUGAACAUGGUACCUUCAGGCAUUUGGAAAUUGCUCCCAAGGAUGAACCAGACUUGUGGAGGCCUACAAUAUUUUUUCUGAGGUCUUGGCUGAUUUCAUUAGAUUUUCCCAUGAUGUCAAGCAAAGAGGCACUGAGUUUGAAGGUAGGCCUUGAAAUACAUCCACAGUUACACCUCCAAUUGACUCAAAUUAUGUCAAUUAGCCUAACAGAAGCUUCUAAAGCCAUGACAUCAUUUUCUGGAAUUUUCCAUGCUGUUUAAAGGUGCAGUCAAUUUAGUGUAUAUAAACUUCUGACCCACUGGAAUUGUGAUACAGUGAAUUAUAAGUGAAAUAAUCUGUCUGUAAACAAUUGUUGGAAAAAUUACUUGUGUCAUGCACAAAGUAGAUGUCCUAACCGACUUGCCAAAACUAUAGUUUGUUAACAAGAAAUUUGUGGAGAGGUUGAAAGACGAGUUUUAAUAACUCCAACCUAAGUGUAUGUAAACUUCCAACAUCAACUGUAUAGGCUAUACGAAUGAUUCAUUAAUAUAUUAUUAUACCCCUGCACAUCGACUCGGUACAGGUACCCUGUAUAUAUACCCACGUUAUCAUUACUCAUUGUGUAUUUAUUAUUACUUUUAUUAUUACGUGUUAUUACUUUUCUAUUAUUUCUCUAUUUUCUUUCUCUCUGCAUUGUUGGGAAAGGCCUGUAAGUAAGCAUUUAAUUAAUGUCUUACUUACACAUCUCUCUGCCUUCUUUAAUAUUCCGUUCAUGCGCAAUUCACGCAUCUCCGCUGGCAACUCGACUAUCUCUUCCCCCCCUCUCUAGUGCUUGAAUGAGUAGCCUAUACAUUGACAAUGAACAGCAAUAUAGUUUUUAACUUAUUUCAAGCAAUUUUUAAAACCUAAUAGGCCUAGGCCUAUUCGAGGAGAGAAGCAUAGAUCAAUCCUCUUGCUUGCUAAAUGGCUAUAAAAUAGGCUACAGCGUUGGCAAUGAACUGGCAGGGAAGUUUGAAUGGCGAGAUCGACGUGUAGCUCGGGUGUGAUGUGAUCACAUUGGCUAAAUUUAUACAUUGCUGCGCUGAUGCAUUGCUAAUGUAAAAAGCAGGCAGAGAAAUGUAUUGAUUAAUUCAUUCACACAACGAAACCCACAGACCUGUCAGUGUCAGUGUCCCAGAUAGCAAUUUAUAUUGGUCAACAGCUUAUAGACGGUUGGCUGACAAGUGCACGCAAAUGAUUUGUGGCCGGAAGCCGUGCUUUGUUAUGAUUCUGAACAGUCAGAUAGCUAGCGAAAAUGACAAGGUCUGCCAUGUGGGGAAUCGUAGGUGGCUCAUUUCAGCUAGUUUUAUCUUGUUCUUGACACCAUGUCUUGUUGUGAGGUGUUUUGACUGAUUUCAUGUUAAUGCUUAUAUGGCUAAAAUUCGCUAGCUAGCUAACCAUCAACUGUAACGAUCUAUUUGAGAGACAAGUGCUCAUUGUGCAAAUGUAUUUAUGUUUUCAAUAAACAUUUGGAGAUUAAAUAUAGUUCACAUAUUGUCAACAAUCUAAGCCAACCGUCUGUUUUGCUCCAUAGUUGUGCACGCAGUGGUUUUGUUGCUAAUCAACCAACCUGUCUAUAUUUGCAUGUGAAAAGACACAAAAGUCAAUCCAGUUUGAAUAAAUAAUUGACAGAUUGCAGCAGGACGAUAUUUUAGUUUUAUUAUUUUUUGUUUUAUUUAUUAGCACCAAAGAAAAUAAGUGAUAGACAACAAUACAGAUAAAAAAUAAAAUAAAAAUGGUGUGCAGGAAUGGCUGGAUUUCGCAAUUGAUGUGAAUGCAUCAUAAAGAAGACAUGUGCUCGUAUUUCUUUAUUUCAUCCUAAUUAUUUGGACGAAAAUAACAAACUUGGUGAGAAAGGGCCGUUACUUUGAGUGAAACUUCCUUAUCACAGUGGGAUGCCAACUUUGGCCAUGACCCACCUACAACCUUACCUUUACAAAAUCAAUGUUUCUAUUCAGGGCCAAGGUCUUAAAACCUCUUAAGGAUCGGACCCUUUUUUCAAUUUUCACCUAAAAGGACAUACCCAAAUCUAACUGCAUGUAGCUCAGGAUAUGCAUAUUCUUGAUACCAUUUGAAAGGAAACACUUGAACAUUAAUUUAGGACAAUAUAACACAUUAGAUAAUACAAACAAAAAAACAUGUGUUUUCAAAACAAAAUUUGUUCCAUCAUCUUUGAAAUGCAAGAGAAAGGCCACAAUUUAAUAUUGCAGUUUAGGCGCAAUUUAGAUUUUGCCCACUAGAUGGCAGCAGUGUGUGUGUGCAAAGUUCAAAUUGAUCCAGUGAAGCGUUGCAAUACUGGACUAUUUUGUAUCAAGUCUGCCCAAAUGUGCCGAAUUGGUCAAUUGAUACAUUAUCAAGUACAUAACUAUAGAGAACAUACAAAAAUGAUAUGGUAAUGCAAAAUAUGUUUACACACUCCCAGGAAUGUCAUACAUAAUGAAUCAUUAGCUUAUACACUAACUUUCACACAUCUAGAUGGCCGGGCGGAGUGAGUGUGUAGCCAGAGACAGCAGGGGUUCAAACUGUUUUUAUUGUUGUUGUUUUUUUGUAACCUUUAUUUAACUAGGCAAGUCAGUUAAGAACAAAUUCUUAUUUACAAUGAUGGCCUACACCGGCCAAACCCGGACGGCCAAUUGUGCGCCGCCCUAUGGGACUCCCAAUCACAGCCGGUUGUGAUACAGCCUGGAAUCGAACCAGGGGGUCUGUAGUGACGCCUCAAGCACUGAGAUGCAGUGCCUUAGACCGCUGCGCCACUCGGGAGCCCAGUUCCUACAUUGGAAUAUAAAAAUGAAUUUGAUCAAACAAAACUAUGCUACAUUUGAUCUCUGGGACCCUUAGGAUGACAAAUCAGAGCAAGAUUACUGAUGUAAGUACAACAUUUACCUUCAGAGGUCAAUGUAUCAAACCAGUUGCCGUGAUAAGUUUUUUGUUGUUGUGCACUCUCCUCAAACAAGUUACUGUAAAUUGUAAAAGCUACUGUAAAUUGACAGUGCAGUUAGAUUAACAAGAAUCAAAGCUUUCUGCCCAUAUAAGACAUGUCUAUGUCCUGGAAAUAUUGCUGUUACUUACAACAGUCAUGCUAAUCACAUUAGCGCACGUUAGUUCAACCGCCCCGUAUACGGGACACCGAUCCCGUAGAUGUUAAACUGAUACCACAACCCUCCAGUGUGAUAACCAUUCUAACUGUGCUUCCCCUUCCUGCCACUAGGGGUCAGAUGGAGAGCGAUAAGGGAGAACAUGGCCGCAGGCAGAGAGACAAAGACCACAGAGGAAGAGACGAGGAGAGGAAACGACAGCGCCACCACUUCGAGUUUGACAAGUUCAUGCGGCGCAAGGAGGAGACCAAGUGGGGCAAAGGCUACUGCCAGGACCGGGCCAAGAAAGAUGGCCACCACCACGGCUCCUAUUCCUACUGCCCUGGCACGGGCGACAAGGUGGGCAAGGAGGACAGGGAGGGCAUUGGCGCUAGCAGGAAGGACCGCACCCGGAACAAGGUGAGCGACAAGGUGAGCAAGAGAGGGUCAGGCGUUGGGGUAGGUUAAUUUUUAUUGAUGUCAUAACCAACUUGCCAAAACCAUAGUGUGUUAAGAAUUUGUGGAGUGGUUGAAAAACUAGUUUUAAUGACUCCAACCUUAAGUGUAUGUAAACUUCAACUGUAUACCCAAGUCUGUGUUUCGUCAGCUGUGAAGACAGACAGUGUUAUACUGUUAUAGUGCAGUGGAGACAUUUUUAUUUCAAUACAACUUUAUUGUGCACAAGAUGAUGAUUUACAGCUUAAGAUUAUCGUAUGUACUCUCCUGAGUGGCGCAGUGGUCUAAGGCACUGCAUCGCAGUGCUAACUGUGCCACUAGAGAUCCUGGUUCGAAUCCAGGCUCUGUCGCAGCCGGCCGCGACCGGGAGACUCAUGGGCGGCGCACAAUUGGCCCAGCGUCGUCCAGGGUAGGGGAGGGAAUGGCCGGCAGGGAUGUAGCUCAGUUGAUAGAGCAUGGCGUUUGCAACGCCAGGGUUGUGGGUUCGAUUCCCACGGGGGGGAGAAUAAAAAAAUAUAUAUAUAUGUAUUCACUAACUGUAAGUCGCUCUGGAUAAGAGCGUCUGCUAAAUGACUAAAAUGUAAAUGUACAGUCAUCCUACAUUGUGUUGAAAACAGUGAGAAUUACAGUACAUAUGCACUACAAAUAAGAACACACAUCCAAACAUUACAUAUCUGCACGUAACUCCCAUUGAUCCAGGCUCGUGUCUCUCAGUCUGUGUUAGCCCAUCAGGACAGAGGGACGUCCCAGUCAGAGGGGCCACACCAGAUAGGAGGGGCUCUGCCAAACAAGGUACAGUCAGCUAGCCUUUCCACUACCAGCUAAGGUACAGCUACAGCUAGGCUUUCUACAUGGGGGAUGAGGGGGGGGGGGGGGGGCACACAAAGUAGUGGGAGGGUGUAUCAAAAUACAGAUGUACAACUACCCAUGGGUCCUGUUUACAUAGGCAUACCUGGGUUCAAUUAGCAAAUAGUAUUUGCAGCCUUUCAAAUACCUUGGGUGUUUGGUUGAGCCUACCUGGGGUGCCAGAUGGGCAGGGUUUGCACUUUUGGGAGUAAUGUAUUGCACCAGGCAAGCUCAGUUAAAAGCAGAUAAAGAAAGACAAAAUACUUUUUCAACCCGGGUCUGAUAGGUGGGGGCCGGUGGUUGGGGCAUCUGCUAGUACAGAUCAACAUCUAACAAUAUGCUUUUGAUGUCAUUUGGAGAAAAAAACGAUGAUGUUGACUACUUUUAAAUGCCUUCUUCUCCAGAACCACUGGAGCGAUCGGCACCAAAUUUGUUAUAUAGCAUCUAUGGAUGCAUAUCUUCAAUAUUUCCAAGACUGUAGCUGAAACAAUAUGGCCACUAUAAGCUUGCAUGAAUAUUUUUUCUUGUCCAACAGUGCCACAAUGCAGUCCAACUGACCCAUACUUUACAGGUUAGCUAGAUUCAUAUCCCUGAGCAUUUGUGCUACGUUUUAUCACUCUGAGUCAAACAGAUCAAGAGAUAUAAACGUGCCCAUUAUAGCACCACCAUGUGGUUGAUCUCAAUGUGCUUGCAUAUGUUGAGUUUUGACAGUGUUUGGAACAUGUGUAUCAAGUUUAGUUACAAUACGAAUAUCUGUGUGUGAUUUAUAUGCAUUUAUGUGCCAGACCACGCCUUGUUGUUUGAGAUGCUAACCUGGCCCAGUGGUUCCGGAGUAGAUGUAAUUUAAGUGUUUUUCACCAAAUUCAAAAUGGCGGAAAAUCCAUUAUGGUGGACCUUAUGGGUUCUUGAGGCAAAUUUGUUCCUUGUGAGGAGAGGGACCUAUGUACCGAAUUAUGGGGUGAGGGGCGUGACCUUUUAAAGUUAGCAUUUUCAAUCGCUUGUUAUAGCGCCACAAUGUGGCUAAUGGCAUUGCAGGAGAGGGUGUGGCCCAUGGCCCUUUCCUCCUAGGCCUUACUAUUUCACAGGAAUUUGCUUUUUUUCACCAAAUUGGCAGAAUUGGUAUAAUAAUUAUAUUGACCGAGAAUAAAUAUCUCCAGCUUCACUGCUUGAACCCCUAAUAAUCAAUGCCAACAAGUACAAUAGGGUUUCACGCUUCGGUGAUGAACCCCUAAUAAUAAUACUUGGGACUUAUAUAGAGCUUUUUAAUUACCCAAAGUCGUUUAAUUAAUAAAUUAAUAUAGAGAGUCCCAUUCUCAACGAUACAAAUAUAGAUCUUGUACUGUACAGAAUAGACAAAAAACUCUGACAUUAUCAGAAUCUUACAGUAAACUUCCAUGAGACAGGUUGAAUUUUCUUUCUGUCCUCUGUCAGAAUGAACGUUAUUCACUUACUGUAAAUAGCACUCUUAGGGACGGUUUCCCAGACAGAGAUUAAACCUAGUCCUGGACUUAAAAGCACUCUCAAUGGAGAUUGAAAUCACUUUUUAAUCCAGAACUAGGCUCAAUGUGUGGCCAGCAAAACAACUCUGAUAGUUUAGCAGCCAUUUUGUGUUGUUGUUGUUGUGACCCAGAUUGUGUGGCUUUUCUCUCCCGUGUUCCUGCCUCCUCUCCAUACAGGACCGACCGGCCAUGCAGCUCUACCAGCCUGGCACUCGCAAAUGCAUGGGCUCGGCGAGCAAAGGUUACGAGCUCCCCGUCCGCCAGUCGCCAGAACACAUUGCCGCGGAGCGCUGCUACGAGGCCAUCGCCAUGGGAACAGGCUCGGAGAAGAGCAGCGAAGAUUAGUCCAGUCCGUAGUCCAGUCCGUCGCUCUGAUAGGCCUUUCACAAUCUUUAUGCGUAUUGGGCUGCCAGAUGGUAGGCUUGUGCAUUACCGAACAGCACUCAUGUGCAAGGCUUUGGGGUUGACGGAGCUGCACUCACAGUUCAAAUCAUUUGAACUUUCCGACACUUCUGCAUCAAAACCUUUGUGGAAGGCUUGUAAGAUUGGCCCGCCCCUGACAGGAGGAGGAGGGUAACAAAAAUCAAACAUUCCCAGAACAUAAUGGAAACAUUUUCAUUGUGUUCCCAUUUGGUUGUAUACUGUACAUCACAGUAUACAGAAUGUUCUCUAAGCAUGACGGGACCGAAGCUAAAGGAAGUUGUUUGUUUCUUGCCUGUAUGUUAUUCCCAUGUUGUGUCACCCUUGGGUACAAUAGCACAAUAAUCAUGAUGCUUUUUUUUUACCCUAUAUGUACAGUUGUUUCAUGACAGGAUACUUCAUCUGUGGUGUUUACAUAUGUCUGGUACAUUCACUCAUUUCAGAAACCACUGCCUGAUAACAGUUAUAUAUAUUAUAGUUAUAUUUUGUAUAUUCCACGAGACAUUAUGUCAUUGUUUUAAUGAGAAGUGUACCUGAGGCAGCACAUUAUAGGCCAGUUUCCCAGACACAGAUUAAGCCUAGUCCUGGAAUAAAAAAGCAUGGUCAACGGAGAAGCUUUUUAGUCCAGGGCUAAAAUUAAUCUGUGUUCUGGAAACUUCCCUUAUGUGUCUGUCUACUACUUGCCUGUGAAGGAAUACCUCAUCAAGUGAGAUCAUAUUUCUACGCCUUUUUAGUGAUUCCAUUUGACUGGGAUGUUUUUAAAAGAAAGUCUAUAGAUUUUAUCACAAAGAAAAUAUAUGAAGUAGUGAGAAUUCUAUUUAAGAUAUUCAAAAUGUAUUUGCAGUGUUGGAUGUAGAACCUUUAGAAUCUGUUAAGCAAAUAAUUGUGUGUGCGUAUGUGCGUGUACGUUUCAGCGUUUGAGUGUGUGAUACGAGACAGAGAGGAGAAUGUUUAGGUUUGUCAAUUGUUCUCUUGUAUAAUGUGACUUAUGACAAUUCUUACAUCAUCAUGUUUCUAGAUGUCAUAGACAGUAGCUAUUUGUGUUAGGAAACAUAAGGUGACGUGAGCUGUCUAUUAUAAAGCAGUAUUUUCACACUUGAGCCAAGAAGAACAUAAUUAUUCAACAAAAACUUCUGGCCCUUACAUGUCACGAUGAAAAGGAGGCAAAAUAACAUUAAAGGUGCUGAGUUGAUGCUGUUGAAAGUCUCUACGUUUUCUAACUGUUUGCAUGGUUUUCUACCAAAUUGUGAACUGUUGGAUUCAGCUGAUGCCUGAACUGCAGUAUGUUAUGGUAUAGAUAUGUGUAACAUGCCUUAGAUAUUUUCUCCACAUGACAGUAAAAUCACAUUCUUGUUAAGACACCUUCCUUCUGUUUGUUGUUUGUUUUCAUGAAGAGAUUUGAAAAUAAGUUAAAUAAAACUAUCCAAUAGAGAUUUCCUGUGCCUCGAUUGAAUUGAGCAUUUGUCUGUUUGAAAAAAAGGAUGUCCACUUCUUUAUAUCUAGGAGUACACUUAUAAUAUCCACUAUAGUAUCCACUCAGUAAUAUCUUGAUAUUUCCAUUACACUUUCUAUGAACACCCUCUUCAUGAUGAGUACAUUUUUAUGUCUCAUGGGCUAUGCAUACUGGCAUUAUAAUGCUCAACAUAGGUGCAUAGCUGUUCUAUUAAUAAAGCAUUACAAGCAGACAAAGACAGCACAAUGGUUUAGAAAGCAAAGUGGUAUAAUCCAUAUUCUGAAGCAUUGUUUAUGCAUGAGGCCAGAUUGCCAUAAAUCUCCAUUGACUCCAUUCAUUCUACUCUUACUUGAUGUACGCCCUCUGCUGGCUGGUAGGAAACUGCACGUUUUAUGAUGAAGCGCAAAAAUAUGUCAUACAAUUGGCUGAUUCUCUCGGGGAUACAUUGAAUAGCACUUUUACAUCGGCUGAAAUGAAGAGAGCAUUAGCUAAAGCUGGGGUAACAUCUCCUGGGAAGGAUGAGAUGUGUUACCUCAUGAUGACUCAUCUCAGUGACACUGCAAUGGGGGAAGUAUUUGGCCUUUACAACAAGGUGUGGCAGGAAGGGAAACUGCCUGGAGGUUGGAAGCAGGCUGUGGUGGUGCCAAUACAGAAAACAGGGAAAGACCCUACUAGUCCUUUAAGCUAUAGAACGAUAGCGUUGACAUCUCACGUAUGUAAACUUAUGGAAAGGAUGAUAACGGAAUGGCUGACUUACUUUCUGGAGAGUAAAGGACUAAUGUCACCAGAUCAAAGUGGGUUCAGGAAAGGCAGGGGAACGAUGGAUCCUGUACUGUGCCUUGAGUCAGUCAUACAGAAGGCACAGGCAAAUAAGGAGGUGGUGGUAGCUGUUUUCUUUGACGUAGAGAAGGCUUAUGAUAUGAUGUGGAAGGAAAGCCUACUUAUCAAGCUGGAUAACAUGGGGUUGGAGGAAGGGUUUUUAACUGGAUAAAGAAUUGUCUUUUUGGGCGAUCAAUACAAGUGAGCUCUAUGUCAGAAAGCUAUGAGGUGGAUAAUGGUACCCCCCAGGGAAGUGUCAUUAGUCCUUGGUUGUUCUCCAUUAUGAUUGACGAUGUAUUCUCUCAGGUGAGACCUGAUAUUGGGAGGUCAUUGUUUGCGGAUGAUGGAGCGCUGUGGAAGAGAGGGAGAAAUAUUACCCAUACAGCCAGAAGAGUUCAAGAAGCGAUUAGUGAAGUAGAGCAGUGGUCCCUCAGGUGGGGACUUCAAGUUUUCAGUUGAGAAAACACAGACUGUGUGUUUUCUAGAAGGAAGGUUGGGGAGGAAAUAUGCUGGAAGUUGUAUGGAAGGAAUCUGGAGAGGGUGGGAGGGUUUAGGUUCCUGGGGGUCUGGUUUGACACUCAAAUGCCAUGGGUGGAGCAUAUUAACAGAGUAGUUGUCAAAAGAAAGAAAAUAUUGAAUGUGAUGCGUUGCUUGUCAGGAAUGGAGUGGGGGGCAGAUAGAAUGGCGUUGAACAUGAUAUAUAUAUAGCGCUGUUAAGGUCAUCAAUGCAUUAUGGAAGUAUAGCAUAUGGAUCAGCAGCUCAGACAUCUUUAAAAAAGCUAGAUGUUAUCCAGGCCCAAGCCCUAAGAAUAUGUUGUGGAGCACUCAGGACCUUAAGAAGACAACAGCUAGCCAUUAUAUUUUGGGUAAAUCUACAAAGACAUAUGGUUACACAUCCUACAAAAAAGGUGCUCCUAGAGUGCUGGGAACAUGAACACAAUCUGAAUACAAGCUUUGGGUGGAUAGGCAAUUGCAUGGCGAGAGAGAUGGCGUUGUUUGGGAGGGACUUUAGCCCCUCUGUGGUUCUUCCUGCUAUCCCACCUUGGUUUCUCCCUCAACCAGUGAUAGAUCUAGGGUUGCUUGAGAGGGUAAGAGAUGUUGAGGAAGGAGUAGAUUCAGUUGUAAGUGAACAUUUAACAACACAAUACUAUGCUUUCUUGAAUAUAUUCACAGAUGGAUCUAAGGACCCUAAAACAGGGAGGACAGGGGCAGCUUUUAGUGUUCCUGAGUUUAAGGUGGCAGUGACGAAAAGAGCAUCAUAUCAUUUAUCUGUUUACACAAUGGAGUUGUUGGCCAUACUAUUGGUUGCAGAGUGGGUGGAGGAGGUGUGGCCAGACAGGGUAGUCAUCUGCUCUGACUCCUGUGCAGCACUGAUGAGCUUCAAUUCGUGUGUGUCUCAGAGCAGACAGGAUGUAUUGUAUGAGGUUUUGCAGUGUUUGUAUAGGGUGAAACAGAUGGGGGUAUUUGCGAUGUUCCUCUGGGUACCAGCUCAUGUGGGAGUAGAGGGGAAUGAGGAAGUGGAUAUUAUUGCCAAGCAGGCUCUUAAAAAUCCUAAUGUUGAGAUGGAAUUGUCAAUCAGUGAAGCAGAAGCCAAGGGAUUAAUAAGAACAGUGGUUAAAAAUAAGUGGGAAGAGUUGUGGAACAGGGAGAGAAAGGGAAGACACCUGUAUAAGAUCCAGGAAAAGGUGGGGGCAGGGAGGUCCUCAGGCCGAGAGAGAAGGGAGGAAAGUGUAGUCACAAAGCUGAGACUGGGACACACAAGGCUAAAUAGUACAUUGAAAGUGGUGGGGAAACAUCCGACUGGGAGGUGUGAUCAUUGUCAGGAGGAGAUGGAGACAGUGGAACAUGUUCUAUUUCAGUGCCAGAAAUAUGUGAGAGAAAGGCAGCUAUUGUUAUUAGAUUUGAGGAGUAAUGGGGUUGAAGAGCCAGGAUUAAGUGAACUGCUGGGGAAAUCUUCAGGGGAUGUAAUAUUUAAUUAUGUAUUUUGUUUCCUUGGGGAGACGAGAUUAUUGGGUAGGAUCUGGACAUUAAUUGUCUCUGGUCCACACUCCAGUCCAGUUGGUGGCGGUAAUGCACCUUAAAGUUGGUUACCAUCCGCCAUAUAAAAUCCACGGAAGAAGAAGAAGAAGCAGAAGAAGAAGACGAAGAAGAAGGCUGAUUCUCUCGAUUCUUCUUCCGCUAUGCUUGCGCAUGCGUUGUUUCUUGUAGCGCAACAAGGAAUUGAUUCGUAUGGAAGACCUGCAGGUAAUGUUUUUUCAUUUAGCUACCGUAGAUUACAAAGUGUAAUUUGUUGAAUUACACUUAAAUGCAGCUUUGCGCAAGGUUGUAUGCCGCAUGUUGUAAACCUUUCUUGAGGAUUGAGAUGUUGUAACUGAACUUGAAUGAUCUGCGGAAGAGUUUCUCAAGCCAAUCAGUGAAAUGUGCAACAUGGUAACGUUACUUGUUUCCAUGUCAAUAAUAGCAAUGAUCAAUACCAACACUAACCAGCCUGUUCCCUUUUAAGUUGUCAACUCACUUCUAAGUCAACUUUCAUAAUAAUUCGGUCUAUUCAUGGCAUAUUCUAGGAUAGCCCAAUAAUGGACUAAAUGGAGCCUAACGUUACUCCUGGUUGUCCAAUGAACUCACAUGUUCUGUUUAAAGGCGAAUUGGCUCUGGCAGCCAAAACACCCAAAUACUCCAUCUAAACUUGAAUCGAUUCUUAAUUGCGGUAUGGUUCUAUAAACAUAAAGCGCUCUACUUAAUUUCACAAACGCAAUAAAAUAAUAUACAGUUACUGUACACUGUUUUAAAGUUGUAGCAGACAGCAUUUUUCUGUGGCAACACAUUUGUGGUGUAUGUCUUCUGUUUACACACGUGUUCAGAGAUGCAGCUAGUUAAUUAGCACAGGUAUGCCUCUGUCUUCCAUCUGUUUUCCGUAAACAAGUACAGUAACAUGGAAAAAUGGUCGUGUGGGAACCCUAACCAUAACCCUAUAAAGGUGUGAAGUAAUUUAACCAUUCGUUUUUUGAAAAAUAUUUAUAGCUGAUAUGAAAGUUGUGUUUCCAAAACCGUACCGCAUGCGAUGUUUUUUUAACGUUCAGAACGAUCGUAGGGGUUCUCAACAAAAUUCCAUCAGCCAGAAGAUAAUAUUGUCAACAGGUGCUAAGGUAUUUAGCGUCAAUGAAUAGGUUUAUUCUUGGAUAGCCCUUUGACCCAUUGUCACAAAUUCCACGUCAGUGUAUUAUUGAUACAAGAGAACAAUGUGUAGCCUACAAAAGCAUAUUCAGUAGAUUAAAUGCAUGGACAGAGGCUACAUGUGUGCCUUGGGGCACCAGUUACCACAUGUCAUUACAGUGAGUGGGCUACAGAGCCUGCCACAGUACACACUAGUUCGUUGUCUUUCUCUGCAUACAUUACAUUAACAUGGAACACAUGCAUUGUAUGUAGGCUGUAAAGUGUGACGUCUGACCGCAAAUGGUAUGUAGGCUAUGUCAAGGAAAAGUCACAGGCGUCUGACACCAAACAGCUGACAGAGACGAACUAGUAGCCUAAUGUUUAACUUGUGUAUGCGCAGUGAGGAGGUCACCAUGGUGUUGAUGAAUCCUGUCAUUUCCAAGCUGACCGGUAAACUGGUGGUCCUGGCUAGUGCGUCUCCAAGGAGGCUGGAGAUACUCACCAAUGUGGUAAGACCGAGGCCUCCUUCCUUACCCUCUUCCUCUUUGCUAGGAUAAAUAGGUGAAAGCAAGGUUUCUACAAUAUUGGACAUUUGCAAUCACCUAUCCAUGUCAUGAAAGAUCAAUGAUUACUUCCGUUAAGGGAGUAAGAAAGCAAACUUUUUGAAAGCCGAUUCUAACUGAGCCUCAAAGUUACAGUAAUGACAUGUAGUAUCUGAUGGUGAUGAUGACGAUGAUGCCUUGUUAUUCCAUUUAUGUCACAGGGUUUACGAUUUGAGGUUGUCCCAUCCUGGUUCAAGGAAACGUUAGACAAGAGUCUGUUCAAAACGCCCCAUGAGUAUGCUGUGGAGACUGCCAAGCAGAAAGCCCUGGAGGUGGCCAAGAGGAUGCCAUUUGUCAGUGAAGCCUUUGCUUACUGUUAUUAUUAUUAUUAUUAUUAUUAUUACGAUAUCAUUACCAUACUUGUCUGUUAAUAUUCUUACCUCACUGAAGAAACAAAUAUAUACAUAAUUUUGCCUCUUCUAUAAACCUCAUAUGAAUGGUUGCUGUUUCUUAAUUUGUUCUAGAAACACCUGAAAACUCCAGACAUUGUGAUCGGAGCAGACACUGUUGUGGUAAGCAAAGUCAGCUAUAUCAAUGUCUUCUAUCCUUCAUAUCAUAGUGGUUAUUAUCUCCUUUACACUGUGUGGUUGUCUUCUUUCCUCAGACAGUAGAUGGACUGAUUCUUGAGAAGCCAGUGGACAAGCAAGAUGCCUACCGAAUGCUUUCUAGGUUUUGAGAUACUUUUGCCUCUGGCUAAUUCUGUGUACAUUUAAAAAAUAAUAAUCAUCAUCAUAAUAGGAAAACGUGGUUAACCCUUUUUUUUCUUUGUUUUUGUGUUUCUGAACAGGUUGAGUGGUAAAGAACACAGUGUUUUUACCGGAGUGGCGAUCAUUCUCUGCCAUGAGAAAGAAGGUAAGCCUUAAAAAAGAAAUAGAUAAAGGGUAGGUUGGGAAGUUGUCUGCUUUAAAGUUGUACACGUUUAUUUAUGUCAUGGAAUAUUCAAGUGUUCCCCCUCUGAUUCAGAGGGGUUGGGUUAAAUGCGGAAGACACAUUUCAGUUGAAUGCAUUCAGUUGUACAACUGACUAGGUAUCCCCCUUUCCCUUUAUUCCAGAUGAAGAGAUUGAUUACCAAGUAAUUGACUUCUAUGAGGAGACCAAGGUGAAGUUUGCAGAUCUGUCUGAUGAUUUGCUCUGGGAGUACAUCAAUAGCGGAGAACCCAUGUGAGUUUCACCUCUCCUUCUGUUUGCAUUACUGGCUAUGGUGUAAUGCCAAUAGAUUUUUCUUUGUUUAGAACCCAACCUCACCUCUCGCAGAGGCAAUUGGGGUCACUUCACUGAAUUCAAACCUUGUGAACCCAUGGUUUUGUGGACUUUCAUACAGCCAACAAGUCCAUGUUUGCAUAGCUUUAUUGAGAUAAGGUAUGGAUUUUUCAUAUAAUUUCAGCCUGAAACAAAUGAGUGAGGGUCAAUGAGCCUUAGUUCAAUCAUAGAAGCAUGUUCUGCUGUGUGGUCUCGUAUACCGUGGACAGUUCUGACACCAUAUGGCCUGACACAUGAUUGCCCCCCUCUGUGUGUGUGUGUGUGUGUGUGUGUUCCCUGUGUCUUUGUGUCCUGUGUCUUUCUAUGUGGCCUCUCUGUCUCUCACUUUGUGUGAGACCUGUGUGUGUGUGUGUGUGUGUGUGUUGUGUCUCUGUCUGUGUGUCUUCCUGUAUGUUUCUCUGUGCGUGCGUGUGUGUGUGUGCAUGCGUCUGUGUCUCUCUGUAUGUCUAUGUGUGUGACAGGGACAAGGCUGGUGGCUAUGGUAUCCAGGCUCUGGGUGGUAUGCUGGUGGAGUACGUACACGGAGACUUCCUGAAUGUGGUGGGCUUCCCGCUCAACCAUUUCUGCAAGAAGCUGGGUCUCAUCUUCAGCCCCCCAAACAGCCUGGGUCUAAGCCCCCCAGGCAGCCUGACACACAACAGCACCCAGACCAGCCCCCAAGGCAGCCCUGUCGACACGGACCCUCCAGCCGAGCCAGCCUCCAGCAGCCCAACCCAUAACGGCCCCCCGGACAGCCAAGGACAAAACAUCCCUUCAGCCAGCCCAGCCCACAAUGUCAGUACACAUGUCAAUGCAUUGAAAUACGUCUCUUGCCCUUAGCAAUUAUUGCACAACACUUAACUUUUCACUUUUUGUUGUAUGUCAGUGUUGGUGUUUUCAAUGAAUUUUUAAUGUGUUGCAUGUGACCCUGCGUCUUUGAUGGACAAUAAAGUUUAUUGAAUUGAAUCCAUUUAUAAUGUAUCCAUCCAUCCAUCAAGGUAAAGCAGGAGGAGAGUGGGUGUGGAGAGGGCGAGAUGCCAUGGACGUUGGUCAACAGCCUGUCUAAGUGUUCUGAGAACAGGGAGGCUGAGCCCCAGGACAUCAGCGACCCUGCAGCACCAGACUUGACCAGCAGGGGUACCAUGCAGAAUGUGAGGGAGCACGAGACGAAAGAAAAGUUGAGCAAGAUGAUCGAGCUCAUGGAUGGAUUCAAAGCCUCAAAGGUAUCCUGUGGAUGGAUAUGUAUUUAUAUGCUAUAAUAAAACAUUGGGUUCCACUUUCUAUUGUGUUUUGGUUCCCCAUACUGCUAGGUGUUAUGUUGUUCAUGUAUUCAUGCUCAGGUUGCAUGAAGUUUUAAUUUUAGGCUUAUUAAUCAAACUACUUGUACUUGAGGUAGGUUAAAACAUUGUAAUUCCGUUAAUACCCACUUUUAAACAUUUUGAAUUGUUCUAUUACCCCUCUUCCUUCUCUAAUCUCUCAAUGAGCGUUUGCCCUCUUUUGUCUCCUAGGUGUUGUUCACAGCAUCCAAGCUACGUGUGUUUGACGUGUUAAGGAGCAGUAAGACAGGGGAGCUGCGGGCUGAGGAUGUGGCCCAGGAGAUCAAAGCCUCUGUGAAGGGGACUGAACGCCUGCUGGAGGCCUGCGUCUCUCUGGGACUCCUGCAAAGAACGGGAAAAGGUAUACUGUUUCAAUUUCUCACAUUGUCUCCCUCUAUAAUUAGACAUAUUCUUUCCUAGAAAUGUACCCAAGAAAGUAAAGGUAACUGAACUAAAUGACUAUCGCCCAGUAGCACUCACCUCUGUCAUCAUGAAGUGCUUUGAGAGACUAGUCAAGGAUCAUAUCACCUCUACGUUACCUGUCACCCUAGACCCACUUCAAUUUGCUUACCGCCCCAAUAGAUUCACAGACGAUGCAAUCGCCAUCACACUGCACACUGCCCUAUCCCAUCUGGACAAGAGGAAUACCUACAGUGGGGAAAAAAGUAUUUAGCCAGCCACCAAUUGUGCAAGUUCUCCCACUUAAAAAGAUGAGAGAGGCCUGUAAUUUUCAUCAUAGGUACACGUCAACUAUGACAGACAAAAUGAGGAAAAACAAUCCAGAAAAUCACAUUGUAGGAUUUUUAAUGAAUUUAUUUGCAAAUUAUGGUGGAAAAUAAGUAUUUGGUCAAUAACAAAAGUUUCUCAAUACUUUGUUAUAUACCCUUUGUUGGCAAUGACACAGGUCAAACGUUUUCUGUAAGUCUUCACAAGGUUUUCACACACUGUUGCUGGUAUUUUGGCCCAUUCCUCCAUGCAGAUCUCCUCUAGAGUAGUGACGUUUUGGGGCUGUCGCUGGGAAACACAGACUUUCAACUCCCUCCAAAUAUUUUCUAUGGGGUUGAGAUUUGGAGACUGGCUAGGCCACUCCAGGAGGAAAAACAGCCCCAAAGCAUGAUGUUUCCACCCCCAUGCUUCACAGUAGGUAUGGUGUUCUUUGGAUGCAACUCAGCAUUCUUUGUCCUCCAAACACGACGAGUUGAGUUUUUACCAAAAAGUUCUAUUUUGGUUUCAUCUGACCAUAUGACAUUCUCCCAAUCCUCUUCUGGAUCAUCCAAAUGCACUCUAGCAAACUUCAGACGGGCCUGGACAUGUACUGGCUUAAGCAGGGGGACACGUCUGGCACUGCAGGAUUUGAGUCCCUGGCGGCGUAGUGUGUUACUGAUGGUAGGCUUUGUUACUUUGGUCCCAGCUCUCUGCAGGUCAUUCACUAGGUCCCCCCGUGUGGUUCUGGGAUUUUUGCUCACCGUUCUUGUGAUCAUUUUGACCCCACGGGGUGAGAUCUUGCGUGGAGCCCCAGAUCGAGGGAGAUUAUCAGUGGUCUUGUAUGUCUUCCAUUUCCUAAUAAUUGCUCCCACAGUUGAUUUCUUCAAACCAAGCUGCUUACCUAUUGCAGAUUCAGUCUUCCCAGCCUGGUGCAGGUCUACAAUUUUGUUUCUGGUGUCCUUUGACAGCUCUUUGGUCUUGGCCAUAGUGGAGUUUGGAGUGUGACUGUUUGAGGUUGUGGACAGGUGUCUUUUUAUACUGAUAACAAGUUCAAACAGGUGCCAUUAAUACAGGUAACGAGUGGAGGACAGAGGAGCCUCUUAAAGAAGAAGUUACAGGUCUGUGAGAGACAGAAAUCUUGCUUGUUUGUAGGUGACCAAAUACUUAUUUGCCACCAUAAUUUGCAAAUAAAAAAUUCAUAAAAAAUCCUACAAUGUGAUUUUCUGAAUUUUUUUUUUCUCAAUUUGUCUGUCAUAGUUGACGUGUACCUAUGAUGAAAAUUACAGGCCUCUCUCAUCUUUUUAAGUGGGAGAACUUGCACAAUUGGUGGCUGACUAAAUACUUUUUUUCCCCACUGUAUAUACUGUAUUAUAUUCUAUAAUAUUCUACUGUAUCUUAGUCCAUGCCGCUCUGUCAUUGCUUGUCCAUAUAUGUAUAUAUUCUUAAAUCCCAUUCCUUACUAGUUUUGUGUGUAUUGGGUAUACGUUGUGAAACUGUUAGUUAUUACUGCACUGUCGGAGCUAGAAGCACAAGCAUUUCGCUACACCCGAAAUAACAUCUGCUAAACACGUGUAUGUGACAAAUACAAUUUCAUUUGAUUUUGACAUUGUCCAUGGCGUCUAAGCUGCGUGUGUCAAGGAGCGAUUUAUGACAUGCAUUCUGACAUGCCAAUUUCUCCCUAGAGUACGCAAACACAGCGAUGUCCAGGCAUUUCCUGCUGUCGGAUGCCCCCCUCUCUCUGCAGGGGUACAUCCAGCACUGUAACGAACUGGUGUGGCCUCUCUUCACCCAUCUGGAGAGCGCCGUGAGGGAGGGGACCAAUCAGCACGAGAAGGCCUUUGGAAAGUCCUCCGAUAACAUUUUCCAGGUAAUAACAAUCUCAAGUUUCAUGUCACAUUCCAGUUACCUUGGUAGUUAUUCAACAGAUCAAUCUUGUUCCUGGAGAGCCACAGUACGGCUUUUUGUCCAAGCUUAACAGAAUCAGCUAGUCAAGGUGUGGGAGACGCGUUGAUUAGUUGUAUCAGGUGUGAAAGCACUAAAAUGGGAUUAAAACGUACAGCUCAUGCAGCUCUCCAGUUAACGCCAGCUAGAAUGGUUUUGUAUUAUUGUUUAUAAGUAAACAAUUGAAUAUACACUGAGUGUACAAAACAUUAAGAACACUCUUUCUAUGACAUAGACUGACCAGUGAAUCCAGGUGAAAGCUAUGACCCCUUAUUGAUGUCACUUGUUGUCACUAGUCCCCUGUAGCUCAGUUGGUAGAGCAUGGCGCUUGCAACGCCAGGGUUGUGGGUUCGUUUCCCACGGGGGAGCAGUGUGAAAAAUGUAUGCACUCACUAACUGUAAGUCUCUCUGGAUAAGAGCGUCUGCUAAAUGACAAAAAAACACUUCAAUCAGUGUAGAUGAAGGGGAGGAGAAAGGUUAAAGAAGAAUUUUUAAGCCUUGAGAGAAUUGAGACAUGGAUUGUGUAUGUGUGCCAUCAGGGGGUGAAUGGGCAAGACAAAAUAUGUAAGUGCCUUUGAAUUGGGUAUGUUAGUAGGUGCCAGGUGCACCGUUUGUGUCAAGAACUGCAAUAUUUAACGCUCAACAGUUUCCUGUUUGUAUCAAGAAAGGUCCACCAGCCAACUUGACACAACUGUGGGAAGCAUUGGAGUCAACAUGGGCCAGCAUCCCUGUGGAACGCUUUCAACACCUUGUAGAGUCCAUGCCCUGACGAGUUGUGGCUGUUCUGAGGGCAAAAGGGGGUGCAACUCAAUAUUAGGAAGGUGUUCCUAAUAUUUUGUUUUCUCACUGUAGAAUAGAGUAUUGGAGUGGUAACUCUGUUUUUGUUUCGUCCAUGUUGUUCAUUGUUAUAGGACGCCUACUACAGCAGACAUGAAGUGAAGCUACGAUUCAUGAGGGCCAUGCACAGCAUCGCAAAGGUUUCUGGUAGAGACGUGGCGACGGCCUUUGACCUCUCCAAAUAUAAGACGGCCUGCGACCUGGGAGGUGAGGUCAUAGUAACCUCAACUCCAUUUAAAAUGGCCAUCACAUUAUAAUGCUACAAUAUUGUAGUAAAAUCUCAAAUGGCCCUUCCGUUAUUAUCUUUGUGCUUUACAUUAGAAAGCCUCUGGCCAGAAGUAUGCCCUUAAUAGGGAAUCGGGUAUAGCCGUUCAGAAUCGAUCCAUUCCAACCAUCCACCAAUCAGUGUUUUUUCCUUCACCCAGGAUGCACUGGGGCCAUGGCAUAUGAGUUUGCCAAAGCACACCCGGGGUUGUCUGUGACCAUGUUCGACUUACCCGAAGUCAUCGAGAUGAGCGGUCACUUCCGGCCACAUGACGCAGACGACAGAGUAUCUUUUGUAGCAGGUUUGUUUAAUGACUUCCAGAGGGUGGAAUGGUUUUACAAUGCUGUUAUCGUCAUGGGUAAUGUGUUCUGUAGAUGCACAAAAACAUUUACAUUUAGCAAUAAGUAUCAUUUUGAUCAUGAAUAUGUUUUCUGGCAGGGUACAUGUAAAAUGUAAUGAAUGCUUUGGUAAUGAAUGUUUUUUAUUUUUAAUGUCUGAACAGGAGAUUUCUUUAAAGAUGAGCUUCCCAAGGCAGACGUAUACAUCUUGGCAAGAAUUCUCCACGACUGGUCUGAUGAGAAAGUGCACUUUUUGCUGAGUAAAAUUGCGAAAGCAUGCAAUCCUGGUAAGAGUGAAAAACAAUACUAUUUUUGGAUUCUGAUAAGGAUAAUGAUUCACACAUUGGCUAGAGUUUUUUUGGUUUAUCACUUGUGCUUGUGUAUAACGGAGUUAGCCUGGUCCCAUGCUUCAUGUGCCAAAGACAACUCGUCUGUUGUUGUCAUGCCAUACAUUUAGCAACAGAAUAACAUUUCCAUCCAACAAUUUUAUGUGGAUGAAUUACCUGACUCCUAAAAAUACUCACAACAGGCCUGAUAAAAACAGCAAAUCUUUCGGUAAAAAAAAAAAAUGUCAGAAAGUGACGGUGAAAUAGAUAGUGACAAUUGCGAUGGAAACGCUUUAAUAUGGAAAUAUUGAUAAUAACAAGCAUCAUGUCGAAGUAAACUUUGAGUCACGCGAUGUUCUGUUCUGUUGCCCACCCAUCACAGUGUGGAAAAAGCAUAACAAGUUUAUUAGGCAGAUGAAAUAACUUCUUAUGAACUUGAAUGAACACAGGAGUUGGCUCAAGCCUAAACGGAAUGAGCCACAAGACUAUAACAGCAUAGUGUUUUAACAGUGCAAGUUAAACUCUGCAAAUCAAAAGUGAAAAGCAGAGGGCACACCUCAUUGACUAGCCUAGGUACCUGACUGUUUUUGCUUUUAACAAUACUACAUUAUUGCCUUAUUAAAAAAAACGACGAAUUAACUAUACAAACUGACUGACGGCCGGUCCAAUUUGUGUAUCAGAGUUCAAAAUGCCUUUAUUGCAUAUUAUGAAUGUGACUUUCACAUGCUAAUGUAAAUACUGAUUGUAUGCACAACGUUAAAUUAUGUAUGCAUACAUCCUGUGUACGCCACACCUGUCCCAGGCUGCUGCGUGCUGGUGAGUGAGAUCUUUUUGGAUGAAGACAGGAAGGGGCCGAGCAGGGGCCUACUUCAGGCCCUCAGUAUGACCGAGGGGAGACAAAGGAGCGCCUCCGAAUACAGCCUCCUACUGAGGAGCCAUGGCUUCACCGCAGCGCACGUCAAGCACACACACAACCUCCUGGAUGCCAUCCUGUGUGUCAAUGAGUGACUUGGGAGUCAAACAACCUUGAAACCAAUAAAGAAAAUGAAAUCAAUGAAAUACAUCCCCAGUCCAAAAUCAAACUCUUGCCCCAACCACGUUGUUCACUGAUCUGACGUGACGCGGGGAUGGGUGAUUGCAAACUGUGCUUACAUCCAUCCUGUCAUGUCAGAUCAACGAUUACUUCAAGAAAGGGAGGAAGGAAGGACGCUUUUUAGAAGUAUUCAAACGGCCUCACUCCAUUGGGCUAGGUGGUGUGUCCACCAUAUUACUUUUACCCAUCAAUUUCUUAUUGAUCUUCAAAUGGGUCAGGAAGUGUUGGGGAAAUUGGGCUAGGGGUUUAUUUCUGAUAGAUUCUGUGACUACGAAGCCGCCACCUCCCUUGGCUGUGAGACAUGUUACUGUUCCCCACAAUGACCACGGCAGUUUAAUUAGACUUUUAAUUUAUGAUAAAAAUGUACCACAAUGUUGUGAAUUUCAAUGGACCACAGUGAAGGCAUUUCUUUCAAACACUGCAAUAUAGACACUAUCAGAGGUAUGUCUAUGCAGCUGACUUUCAUCUCACAGUAAUCCUUGCAAUCUCUGUCAUAAAGCCAGCCAGAUCACCCGUGAUAUAAGUCAGUAUUCGACGUCCAUCCA